AUGGCCGCAAGUUCAAGUCUUGCUAACCAAAUGGAUGUCGAUGAGACCGCCAUCGACGAGGGCCUUUAUUCGCGUCAACUCUAUGUGCUAGGGCAUGAAGCUAUGAAACGGAUGGCUGUCUCCAAUGUCCUGAUCGUCGGGGUGAAGGGACUGGGUGUCGAGAUCGCAAAGAAUAUCGUGUUGGCCGGUGUGAAAUCGGUAACGAUAUUCGAUCCCGAGCCAGUUACCAUCCAGGAUUUGAGCACGCAAUUCUUUCUGCGAGAAGGGGACAUCGGGAAACCGCGUGGGGAGGCCACUGCACCUCGGUUGGCCGAACUCAACACCUAUGUCCCCGUUCGAAAUCUACCUGGUCAACCCGGUCAAGAAAUCACCGUUGAUCUAAUACAAGGCUUCCAAGCCGUCGUUCUAUGUGGAGUGCCAUAUAGCAAACAACUAGAGAUCAACGAUUGGACUCACCAACAUGGAGUACAUUUCAUUGCUGCGGAAACUCGUGGUCUCUUUGGCUCCGUGUUCAACGACUUUGGUCCCAAGUUUACUUGCGUGGACCCUACAGGGGAAUCACCGUUGAGUGGGAUGAUCGUCUCCGUCGAACAGGAUAAAGAGGGCCUCGUUACAUGUUUGGAUGAAACGCGGCAUGGACUUGAAGACGGCGACUUCGUUACUUUCACUGAAGUUCAAGGCAUGACGGAACUGAACGGCUGCGAGCCGCGCAAAAUCUCGGUAAAGGGACCCUACACUUUCUCCAUCGGCGACACGACUGGGCUUAGCCCUUACAAGACGGGAGGUAUCUUCACCCAGGUGAAGAUGCCGAAGAUCAUAGACUUCAAACCCCUUCGCGAAUCUCGAGAGAACCCCGAGUACUUUGUCACUGACUUUGCCAAAUUCGACAGACCCGCUACCCUCCAUGCUGGCUUCCAAGCGUUGUCACAGUUUGCGGAGAAAAAUAAACGCUUCCCCCGUCCACGAAACACAGAAGACGCUGCCGUCCUCGUCGACCUUGCGAAGAAAAUCAAUGCUGAUGCCGACGAAAAAGUUAUUAUCGAACUUGCGUACCAAGCAACCGGCGAUGUAUCACCAAUCAUCGCAGUUAUUGGUGGCUUCGUCGCCCAGGAAGUGCUGAAGGCUUGCUCAGCCAAGUUCCACCCGAUGUUCCAGCACAUGUACUUCGACUCUCUCGAGUCUCUUCCAGACCAGUUACCGACUGAGCAAGACUGCCAACCGCUCGGCACUCGCUAUGAUGGGCAAAUUGCAGUCUUCGGUAAAACAUUCCAGGACAAGAUAGGGAACCACCGUCAAUUCUUGGUGGGCUCAGGCGCCAUCGGCUGCGAGAUGUUGAAGAACUGGAGCAUGAUGGGUCUCGCGUCAGGUCCAAAUGGAAUCAUCCACGUCACGGACUUGGAUACCAUCGAGAAGAGUAACCUGAACCGUCAAUUCUUGUUCCGCGCUAAAGACCUUGGGAAGUUCAAGGCAGAGGUUGCCGCCGCCGCCGUGGCAGACAUGAACCCCGAUCUUGAUGGGAAGAUUCUAGCUAGGCAAGACCCAGUAGGCCACGAGACCGAAGAUGUAUACUCGACAGAAUUCUUUUCUAGCAUCGAUGGGGUCACAAAUGCCCUCGACAACAUCAAAGCUCGACUAUAUAUGGAUCAACGCUGUGUAUUUUACGAGAAGCCAUUGCUCGAAUCGGGUACCCUCGGCACGAAAGGAAACACCCAAGUGAUCAUUCCUCACCUCACCGAGUCCUACUCCUCGUCGCAAGACCCGCCCGAGAAGGAGACACCGUCGUGUACCAUUAAGAAUUUCCCCAACGCCAUCCAACACACAAUUGAAUGGAGUCGCAGCCAGUUUGAUAAUCUUUUUGUCAAGCCAGCACAGUCUGUCAACUCCUACCUUUCCGAGCCCAAUUAUCUCGAAACAACACUCAAGUAUUCGGGUCAAAUCACAGAGCAAAUUGGCCAAAUUUUCUCCUAUCUAGUCACAAAUAAGCCCCUGACCUUCGAGGAGUGCAUUGUAUGGGCGAGACUCCAAUUUGAGGAGAAAUUCAACAACGACAUUCAGCAACUUCUCUUCAGUCUGCCGAAAGAUGGUGUCACCAGCACAGGACAACCAUUCUGGAGUGGCCCAAAACGUGCACCUGACCCAUUGACUUUCAACGCUGAUGAUCCUCUUCACAUUCAGUUCAUCAUUGCUGCUGCUAAUCUCCACGCGUUCAACUAUGGACUUCGUGGCGAGGCGGACCCUGCACUUUACCGCAAAGUUGCCAGCUCAGUAGACGUUCCUGAAUUCACGCCGAAGAGUGGAGUCAAAGUCCAGAUCACUGAGAAUGACCCGGUCGCUCAGCCUGGUGGCAAUGACGAUGGAUCAGAUUUGAUCGCCCAGCUUCCAGCACCUUCGGACAUGCCAGGCUAUCGUCUGACUCCCGCCGAAUUCGAGAAGGAUGAUGACACAAAUCAUCACAUCGAUUUUAUCACUGCGGCGUCUAACCUGAGGGCGACCAAUUACAACAUCCCUGUUGCGGACAGGCACUCGACAAAGCAAAUCGCCGGCAGGAUCAUCCCCGCUAUCGCAACGACGACAUCUCUCGUCGUCGGAUUGGUUUGCUUAGAGCUGUACAAGAUUAUCGAUGGCAAGAGGGACCUUGAGCGCUACAAGAACGGAUUCGUUAACCUGGCUCUUCCUUUCUUCGGCUUCUCAGAGCCCAUCGCUGCCGCCAAGAACAAGUACCGCGAGACGGAAUGGACUCUUUGGGAUCGCUUCCAAUUCAAGAACGACCCUACGUUGAAGGAGAUAGUUGACUGGUUCAGCGAGACUCACAGCCUGGAAGUGUCGAUGGUCAGCCAAGGCGUCAGCAUGCUCUGGAGUUCGUUUAUCGGAAAGAAAAAGAGUGAAGAGCGACUGCCCAUGAAGUUCAGCAAACUGGUGGAAACCGUCAGCAAGAAACCAAUUGCUCCUCACGUCAAGCAUCUGAUAGUUGAAGUCAUGGUCUCGGACGAAGAGGGUGAAGACGUUGAAGUGCCAUUUAUUGUAGUAUACCUUUGA